AUCGUCGUGACACGUCACACCCUCCCUCUCUCUCCGCCGCCUCUCUGUUUCUUUUCUUCACCCUUCGUCGUGUUGAGCUGCUGUGGUAAGAGAAAGGAGAAAGAAGAUGAGUAACACAGAGAAGAAUAACCCAACAGUGGAAGAAGAAGAAGAAGAUGAUGAGGGAGAGGUUUUCCUCGGUGAAUCAGAUGUUAUCCAAGAGUUCGAUGUCGACGGUGAAGAUCUUCCUGAAGCAGAUGAUGAUGAUGAUAACGAUGAUGAAGAGUUUGAUGAAAACGAUGACUCCAUUCACACAUUCACUGGUCACAAAGGUGAGCUUUAUGCAAUGGCAUGUAGCCCAACGGAUCCAACCCUAGUAGCAACUGGAGGUGGAGAUGAUAAAGCCUUUCUCUGGAAAAUCGGUAAUGGAGAUUGGGCUGCUGAGCUUCUAGGUCACAAGGACUCUGUUUCUUCUCUAGCUUUUAGCUACGAUGGACAGUUACUUGCUUCUGGAGGGUUAGAUGGUGUUGUUCAGAUCUUUGACGCAUCGUCUGGGAUUCUAAAGUGUGUUUUGGACGGUCCUGGUGGUGGAAUCGAGUGGGUGAAGUGGCAUCCGAGAGGACACAUUGUGUUGGCUGGAUCAGAAGAUUGUUCUAUGUGGAUGUGGAAUGCUGAUAAAGAGGCUUACCUUAAUAUGUUUUCUGGUCAUAACCAAAGUGUCACUUGCGGUGACUUCACUCCUGACGGUAAACUUAUUUGUACUGGCUCUGAUGAUGCUAGUUUGAUUGUAUGGAAUCCGAAAACUUGUGAAAGUAUCCAUGUAGUCAAAGGUCAUCCGUAUCAUACGGAAGGGCUGAUAUGCUUGGACAUCAACUCAAACUCCAGUCUUGUUAUCAGUGGCUCAAAAGACGGUUCUGUUCACAUUGUCAACAUAGUUACCGGAAAGGUGGUGAGCUCUCUGACUUCUCAUACAGAAUCAGUUGAAUGUGUGAAGUUUUCACCAAGCUCUGCAACAAUCCCUUUGGCUGCAACAGGUGGAAUGGACAAGAAGCUUGUAAUCUGGGAUCUGCAACACUCAACUCCCAGGUUCAUCUGCGACCAUGCGGAAGGUGUGACAUGUGUGGCUUGGCUAGGAACCACCAAGUACUUAGCCACUGGCUCUGCUGAUGGUACAGUGAGCGUUUGGGACAGCUUAUUAGGAAACUGCGUUCAUACCUUCCAUGGCCACCAAGAUGCGGUCCAGGGCAUCUCAGUCUCUGCCAACACUGAGUUCAUUGUUUCGGUCUCUGUUGAUAACACUGCUCGUGUCUAUGAGACAUCUGAGUUCCUAAACAAAACGGCAUAGGCAAGAUUGAGAGAACACUUGCAUGUCCAGUUUUUAUUUGUUACCUCUCGUUAUUUGUUCGGACAAGUGAUGAAAAAUAUUGUACUUUUCAGUUAUCUAUGCAAUAUCAAUAGUUAUGUUUCCUUGUGAAUCUGAUAAGCAAUAUUGAUU